GUUGAAAGGAAAGCGGAAAAGACCCUCCCAACAUGGCGGUUAGCUUGCUCCAUGUCACCGCGACGAAGAGGACAGGACCGGAGGACAAAAAGCACCCGGACGACACUUUACAACCAAUUAUUCACUUGUAAUGUCCGCAAACACGACUUCGUAAUGGACGUACGCUAGCCGUGUGCGUUUUGUUGGUGCUUUAAAGCGUUUAAAGUUGACAACUUUGCGGACUUGUUGUGCCGCGGAGGGAGGAGACGAAGACGAAACCAUGGAAGGCCACCGAUACGUCUCGGGGGACCGCGGCUGUUCGGCCCUGGAGAAGAACCCGGCUGACCUGACGGUGAUGGACGUGUACGACAUCGCCGCCACACUGGGCCACGAGUUCGAGCGGAUCAUCGACCAGUACGGCUGCGAGGCGCUGUCCCGUCUCAUGCCCAAGGUGGUGAGGGUGCUGGAGAUCCUGGAGGUGAUGGUGAGCCGACACAGCAUCGGCGGACCCGAAGCCGACGAGCUAAGACUCGAGCUGGACAAGCUCAGGUUGGAGAGGAUCGAGAGGCUGGAGAAGGAGAAGAAGCAUCGGAAGGAGCUGGAGCUGGUUGAAGACGUGUGGCGAGGCGAGGCUCAGGAUCUACUCUGCCAGAUCGCGCAACUGCAGGAGGAGAACAAGAGCCUCCUGGACAACGUCUCCACACGAGAACCCGUGAGCGAGGAAGACCAGCAGAGGAACGACAGCAUGAGCGAGCGUGAGCGUCAGGUGAUGAAGAAGCUGAAAGAGGUGGUGGACAAGCAACGGGAUGAGAUCCGGGCCAAAGAUCGCGAGCUCACGCUCAGGAACGAGGACAUAGAAGCGCUCCAGCAGCAGCAGAGCCGUCUGAUGAAGAUUAACCACGAUCUUCGCCACAAGAUCUCUGUGGUGGAGGCGCAGGGCAAAGCCUUGAUCGAGCAGAAAGUGGAGCUGGAGGCCGGCGCUCAGACCCGUGGCCAAGAAGUGGGAGCCCUGCGGCAGGAAGUGGCGCGCCUACGGGAGCGGCUAAAGGGUCACGCCCAGGAAGUCCCGCCUCAGAUCCCCUCGCCAGCGGAGCGUGAACCUGCGGCCGGGGCGGAGGGUUGGUGGGAAUCAAGUCCCCCACCGGCGCCGCCCGGUUCGCUCGACCGCGAAAGACCCGACGAGGACGAGGAUGACGAAGCGGCGCUGCUUUGGGAGGCACUUUGCCAGGAGGAGGAGACCAGUCCAGAGCUCCCGGACUCCAAGGACCCGAACCGGGCCCGCUUCACCAUGCAGGAGUUGCGGGACGUCCUGCACGAGCGCAACGAGCUGAAAGCCAAAGUCUUCCUUCUCCAAGAGGAGCUGGCCUACUACAAAAGUGACGAAACGGAAGAUGACGUGAACGUCCCCGAGCCUGAAAUCAGGACGCGAUCGCGAUCCGCUGUGCAGCCAGAGUCCGGAAUCAAACGCUUGAUCUUCACGGCCUUCAUGCCCAUGGUGGCAGCUGGUUUGAUUCAAGACGACCCCACUUUACAGCCCGCAAGAGGCUUCGCGUCGCUUGUAUGAGCUAAUAUUUUUCACCUUAACUCAACUGGCUAGCUUAAUUAAUGAUAACAGGGUUGUUUGACACUAAAAACUAAUACAAAAUAUCCAAAGAGAUGUGUUCAACACUUUGGCAAAAUAUCUAGAUGUAUGUCGUGGAAAUAGUGAGAAUGACUAACAGCAGGAGUGUCGAACUCAUUUUUCUCUAUGAUUAAAGACAAUUAGAAACACUCAUUAUACAGUAUAAUGGAACAUUUUUCUUCGUCUACUAGCCACUAGGUGGUGCAAAAAUCACAAUUAAUAAAGAUCCCCCAGUGAACAUAAACAGUUAUCUUAUUAUAUUGGCUGAUAUCAGCCAAUCAUCCAAAAAGUCUGCAUAUCUGCCCGAUAUUUCGGCUGGCCAAUAUAUCGGUUGACCUUCAUAAAAAAGAAUCACCCAAACAGUGGUUAUCCUAUUAUAUUGGCCGAUAUUGGCUUUAUCCUAAUAUAUUGGUUGAUAUCAGCCAAUCUUGAAAAAAGUCCAUAUAUCUGCCUGAUAUAUCGGUCGACCUUCUUAAAAAAAAAAUCAUCAGCCAGAUAGUGAACAUAAGUUACCCAUUAUAUUGGCUGAUAUCGGCCGAUCUUGGAAAAACGUCCAUAUAUUUGCCCGAUAUAUCGGUCGACCUUCAUAAAAAGCAUCACACAAACAGUGAAGUUAUCCAAUUAUAGUGGCUGAUAUCGGCCAAUCUUGAAAAAAGUCCACAUAUUUGCCCGAUAUAUUCAUAAAAAGAAUCACCUAAACUGAAGUUAUCCUAUUAUAUUGGCCGAUAUCAGCCAAAUUUUGAAAAAAGUCCACAUAUCGGCCCGAUAUAUCAGCUGGCCAAUAUAUAAGUCGACCUUCAUAAAAAUGAACAUCACUCUAAAAAGUUAUCCUAAUAUAUUGGCUGAUAUCAGCCAAUCUUGAAAAAAGUCCAUAUAUCUGCCUGAUAUAUCGGUCGACCUUAAUAAAAAAAAAAAAAUCAUAAGCCAGAUAGUGAACAUAAGUUACCUAUUAUAGUGGCUGAUAUCGUCCGAUCUUGAAAAACGUCCAUAUAUCUGCCCGAUAUAUCGGUCGACCUUCAUAAAUACGAUCAUCACCCAAAUAGUGAAGUUAUCCUAAUAUGUUGGCUGAUUUCAGCCAAUCUUGAAAAAGUCCAUAUACAGUGCCCUCCAUAAUUAUUGGUACCCCUGAAAAAGAUGUGUUUUUUAGCUUCUAAUAUAUAUAUAUUUUUUUUCAAAUAAUAUGGGACCUUAAUGGAAAAAAAAAAAGAGAAAAAUUCAACCUUCAAUACAAGUGCAUUCAUUCAGUGGGGAAAAAAAUCCCACAUAAAGAAAAAAUUAUUUGACAUCAAAUAAUGUGUGUCACAAUUAUUAGCACCCCUGGUGUUAAUACUUUGUACAACCCCCUUUUGCGAACAAAACAAGGUCUGGGGACUGAGAUGGCCAUGGGAGGAGCUUGAUUUUGUGUCUGGUGAACCAUUUCUGUGUAGAUUUGGCCAUAUGUUUAGGGUCAUUGUCUUGCUGAAAGACCCAGUGAUGACCCAUCUUCAGCUUUCGGGCAGAGGGCAACAGAUUUUGAUUUAAAAUGUCCUGGUACUUCAAAGCAUUCAUGAUCCCAUGCACCUUAACAAGGUUCCCAGGGCCUUUGGAAGCGAAACAGCCCCACAGCAUUACUGACCCACCCCCAUACUUCACAUUGGGUAUGAGGUGCUUUUCAGCAUGCGCAUCUUUCGUGGCACACCAGAACACUUAGCGUGUUUGUUGCUUUUUUAGAAGCUAAAAAACACAUCUUUUUCAGGGGUGCCGAUAAUUAUGGAGGACACUGUAUCUGCCCGAUAUAUCGGAUGGCCAAUAUAUCGGUUGACCGUCAAAAAAAUGAUCAUCACCCAGUCAAGAUACGUUAGCCUAUUACAUUGCCUAAUAUCUACCAGUCUGCAGUUCUGAUGGCACGAGACAUCCAAUGGCAGCUAAACUCUGGCAGUUUUGAUAGUCGAUAAACCGUUUAGACAUUGUUGUCCUCCCCCCCAAUUUUUUUUUUUUUUUUUAAAGGUGAGAAACCAUAAAAUGCCACACGAUUGAAGGUCUAUUAACCUCUUGGGAAGGGCGACAAAGGCUCCUUUUUUAUGGAAGCGUGCAUUGUUUGCGUCCAUCUCGAGGAGAGUGACCAACGCUUGGAAACUAGAUAUUGAAAAGUACAUAUUGCACAGUAUCGGGACGUCCUUAGUAGUCGCCAACACCGAUGAUGCCAUUUUAGUGCCGUAUUGUAUGAUACACUUUCACGGUUUGGUUUUUACAUGAUGGGUUUACACAUUUUUACAUGCUAAUUAAAAAGUUGUUAGGUUUUUACAUGAUAGUAUCAUAAAAAUGUGACACCGAAGAGUUUUACAGUACCGUUCUGUUCAUUCCAACCAAAUUUUGUAUUGCUAAUUGAAAAUUGCUUCGGAGCCUUUUAUCAUGAAAAUUCUGGAGGGCGCUACACAGUCAAAAUGUCCACUUUGAACCAAAAUAGCAGACUAAUACUUCCUGUCCUUUGACAGGAAGGAGCUGAUCAGGCUAAAGACAUCUAUUAAAUGUGAUGUUGCUAGGCAAAACAUCAACCCAGGGCUGAUUUUUGUUUCUUUU